AGAAAUAGACGUGGAUGGAUAGAUCUCACAGAGGCUAGUAUCCUGUUUGACAUGAAAAAUUGAUGUGGUUUACAGAAAAUUGCUUUACGUUUAGUCAUAUACAUGAACAUGAAAAUUUCUUAAGCUGGAUACGACCCUUCUUUAUUAGAUGCUGUUCCUCAUCACAGUUACCACUUCAUUCAAGCUCAAGCCAGGUUAGACGUUUUGUUAUUCCAAUUCACUCUGGCGGUUUUCAGAGUAUUCUGCAACCAUCUCAACGAACAUUUGGUAGUGCCGCUUACUGGAACCAUUUUUCAGCUCAGCAGUCCUCCGGUUCAGUUUUGCAGGUUUAACGACAUUGUGCAACCAUCUCAGUAAACAUAUGGUAGUGACGAUUACUGGCUCUAGUUUUCAGCUCAGCAGUCAUCCGGGCAACGAAUCUUCACACGUAGACGGAGAAGCGCAUAAAUGUUUGUUUGCUUAAUGCAUAUGGUGGUGCAAUAUUCUUAAUUUGGAGGAAGCGAUUCCACCAAAUUGUGGAUAUCUUUUUAAGUUUAGAUUGCUUGGUGAAAAGGUUAAUUUGGCAAAAUAAGGGUAAGUAGACCUUGACCAAACAUUCACUAGCAAACACAUUCAAACCUCAACAUAAUAAGGCGAAGUUGCAAUGACUUCGGAAAUAGAGGCCGUGCCAUGUUGUAUAAUGGAGUUGGUUGAGAGGAGCUACUGCACUAAACCAGGCUGGCGUUUAGCAACUUUUCAGGAAGCAAAUGAGAACCUUCAAAUGAUAAAACAACAGGGUCUUCUCAAGGGAGGGGAAAGAGCUCGUCUUCUGGACGGCUGGAUAAGUGGCUCAUCAUAUUCAAAUGACAUCCAAAUGAGAGAUGAGUUCAGAAGCUGUUUGGGACACAUGCUCAUCAUACAACUCCACCCAUCCAUAAGCUAUAGCGCGGGUAACUCAAAUCAUUUGAGAAGCAUAUAUGCAGAUGUGAAAGUCGACCAAAAAGGAAGAGAAGCGGCAUUAUUUUUGUGUUCUGAAGACUGGAAUUAUGAAGUUGUGUACUGGUUGCUCAACUUUUGGGAAAAAAAAGAAAUUUUUGAGUCAGUAGACGUGAGAGAGGGCAACAUACCUUUCAGCAAUAAAACCAAAUUUGUAGAGAUGAACAGGCGGAUAUGCCAUAUUGGCAGAAUACUUGGCGAAGAGGGACUCGCCGGUCGGAAAGCAGCGAAGAGAAAAUUCUCCAAAGAUUCAGUUGAAGAAGUGAUGUUUAAAAUGGUAAAGUCCUGUUGGGACAAGUUCAGUCAGGAGGAUAAGAAGAUCCUAGGGCAAAACUUUUUACGUCGAAGUAUAGAUGAAUUUAUUAGUAAUAUAAUAAGGCAAUGCUCGGAAGUGAAUUGGUUUGAAAAUUUUGCUUCAGAAGGAGACAUGUCAGAUGCUAUCUGGCAUUUUUUAUGGUUCUAUAUUUCCUCCUCUAUUGCAGCAGGAACCAUACGAAGUAGUAUUGGUUUACUAAUCAAGGAGUGGGGCAAUGAUGAGUGUCAGACUAGAAGCCCAAGGAAUUUUAUUAUAUCUUCCGCCAUAUUAUUUCAUCUCUCCAGAUAUGAAGAAAAUAAGGUGCGGAGCAUUCUCCUCCAGGCAUGCAAGGAUGCAGCAGAUGAUGGGCAAUAUUUCAAAGCUACGCUGCAAAAUCCACAAUCGGCCUACUACGACGAAGCUGGAAAUUACGAUCUUCUCAGCAAGAUUUUAAUCUAUGCAGUUGACAAUAAGGAUAAUUUUGUUGUAAACAAGGUAUUAGAGUGGGGCGCCCAGCCACAAGUGGACGUUGGCCCAGACCAACAGAAUAGGGCUCUAUAUUUUGCUAUACAAAACAAUAGAAAAGAUAUUGUGAAAAGUCUUUUCGACAAAUGUCGUUCCAAAGAACAGUUCGCCAAUGUAGCGGAUGAGGAUGGAUGGACCGCUCUUCAUUCGGCAUGCUUUACUGGUGAUUUAAGCAUUUGUGAAAUGGUUCUUGAAUACGGAGGAAGGCCGGAUGUUCCAGACAACACAGGCUGGUUUCCCCUCCACCGUGCAGUUUAUAAUAAUAGAGAAGAAAUUGUGAGAAGUCUUUUCAACAAAUGUCAUUUGAAAGAAAAGCUGGUCAAUGCAAAAGAUAAAGAAGGAUUGACUGCUCUUCAUUACGCAUGCCGAGAUGCUGGCGUAAGCGUGUGUGAAAUGGUUCUUCAAAACGGGGGAAAGACGGAUGUUGCAGACAAUAAAGGCCGCCUGCCCCUCCACUAUGCAGUUGAGAGAGAGAAUGAAGAUAUUGUCGAUAUUUUGAUUCGGGAAGGGGACAGCGAUACAGUGCACAGUGAAGUUAACCAAAAGAGGGCGGAGUUGGUUACUUGGAAAGACAAUGAUGGGGUGAGCCCUCUGGAUAUGGCCGUUAAGGAAUAUAACAUAAAGGUAAUGGGGAAGCUAUUGUCGGUUUCUCAACAACUGCUAGAGACUUAUUUUGAUAAGGCGGACUCUGAAAUACUUCUGCGUAAGUUUGCCUCUGAAGGCAAUUUGGAAGCUGUGAGAAAACUCUUGGAGAGAGGAGCAGAUCCACGUGCUUGCGAUGAGGAGGGCCGAACAGCUUUGCACUACGCUUCCAUGUGUGAACUUGGCUAUAAUGCAGAUAAAUUGACUGAGUUAAUGCUUCACAAAUGUAGAAGCGAAGAAGAGAGUGAAAAAUGGGUGGAGAAGAAAGAUAAUAACGGUAAAACGGCUCUUCAUUUUGCAGCUAUGAAAGGACACCAAUGGCUCUGCCAUCAAUUUUGUAACAUAAACAGAGAAAUCCUACAAAUCAAAGAUGAAACUGGGCGAGGCGUUUUCUAUGACGCGGUUCAAGGAGACCACCACGAUAAUCCUAAUAUCAUUUGGCAACUCCUUCAAAUUAGUGGAGUAGACGUCGAAUCCAUAGUCGACAACAGUGGAUUGACAUUACUACAUGUGGCCGUUUCAGAGGGCAGAAUGAAUAUAGCAGAUUUCCUUCUCAGACAAUCAAAGAAGCCUAAAUUGUAUGUGAGGACACCAGAUGUCCUCGGACAGACGGUUCUUCAUAAAGCCGCUAAAGUGGGGCACGCGGAUACCAUAAAAGUUUUGUUGCACUGGGGAGCUCACCCUCUUCUCGAAAGAGAUUGUGAUGGGCGAACGGUAUUCCACUAUUUCGCGCAACCACAAUUAACUGGAGACGAUGGAAAAGCAGUUGCUGAAUUGCUGUUAAAGAAGUGUGGAUCCGAUGAAAAGAAAUUGCUUUUGCUGUGGGCCUCUGCUGCAGGGUUAGGCACUGCAGACCAACAUCUAAGCGAUUCUCCACUCAAAGAGUUUCUUUUAGAACAAAGGAAGCAUAUCACUGUAAAAGUAGGACAGGAAAACAAUUUAUUAAGGACAGCUGCACGUCUGGGUGAUAUUGACAUGACCAAAGAACUGCUUUCUAGGGGUGCUCAAAUCGCGGACAUUAAGGACCACAACUGGAGAGAAAGACUAAAACCAGAAGUGAAAAAUAAUGUCCUAUCAGUUUGCAAGCAAAUUGAACGCAUUGCAGAACAGGGGAAUGAUAAACCAACAACAUCUGACAAUCUGGGAAGAAGUGACUUUGCUUAUGGUCUUGCUGCGUUGCUUCUGAACCCUUACCUAAAACCUCCUAUUACGGUUGGUAUAUCCGGUAGUUGGGGUAUGGGAAAGUCGAGUUUGAUGGAACAGACGGAGGGCAUUUUGUUGAAGACAGCUGCACAACUGGCAGUUUUGCCAUCCGAAACGACAAGUUCAAGUUUUCCUGGUUUUCAAAUUUUAGAACAUACAGAAAGGGGGAAAAAGAAAUACCGCCAGAUUAAGACAGGCAUAGAUUUAUUGGUCGACGAGACCAAAGUAAAAAGUAAAUUCUUUCAGAGUCUGAAGAAUAAAAUAGUCGAAUGCUGCAUGAAGAUAAAAAAUAGUAUAUCCGGCAAAACGUCGAAGGAAGGAGAUUCACUUCGUAACUUUUUAAGAAAGUACGAUCCUAGAUAUCAUCAUAUAUUUAAAUCACUAGCUGCUAUGGAUAGCACUGGCAUGUUUAAAGAAAAAGGCCAACAGUCACAGUCUGUAAAUGAUUCUUCAAAAAAGGAAGGUGCAGAGUCCGAAAUUGAUUCUUUUUCACAGGAAAGUGUGCCUGCUGUAUUAACUGUGCGAUACAAUGCAUGGAAAUACAGGAAUGAAUCAGAAGCUUUAGCAGGCAUGGCAGUGGAAAUCACAAAAGAAAUGGAAGGAAUAAUGACAGAUGCCCAGUGGUUGAGCACAUGUUUGAGAAACACUUGGAGAAAGCAAAAACAGGUUAUCUUGAUUGAAAUUAUAUUUCCAUGCCUCUUUGCAGUUCUAUUGGCCACCUCGUUUACUUUGAUUGUAUGGGUGCUGCUGGAAAGAUACAAAAUCAAGGAAUCGGUGGAGCUAAAAUACGCAUCUCUUCCUCUAACCGUAGUCAUUUUGGUAUGGACUCUCGUAAAGAAAGUAAUGAGCACUGUAAAUCCAGUGAGUAUUCAAUUAAUGAAUUAUAUAAAACUUCCAGACCACAAUGAAAAGCUUGGUUAUCAGGAACGGGUAAUCUCUGAUAUUAAUUUCUUGAAAGAGGAAAUUAGCAAAAACCCUAUUCCCUUGUGCAAAGCUGCUUCGGAUUUCAUAACAGGGCCUUGCAAUAUGUCAUUGAUAUCUUCGAAGUAUAGUGGAGAGAACUUGACUAGGUCGAAGCCCAGUGCUAAUCUUAGAACAAUUGUAUUUGUUGAUGAUCUUGACCGAUGUCAGGAGUCUGUCAUUCUUCAGGUUUUAUCAGCUAUUAAUCUUGUAUUAGCUGUCUGCAAAAUUAGCGUCGUUCUUGGAAUGGAUAAAGACUUGAUCCAACGGGCAAUAAUGAAAAAAUAUGGAGAUAAAUCUCUGAAAAAUAGUAAGUUGGCAGAUAAAUAUUUACAAAAGAUAAUACAACUUCCAUUAGACCUCCCUGAUCCCAGUGAAGUCCAGUCAAAGAAAUUUUUGGAAGGACAGUUGGGAGUGUUUGAAAAGGAAAGGAACAAAGGCCAUAUGGAAUCAGAAGCAGAUGGAGAGGAUGAUUCUGUAACAGAAAUAGACGAAGCUUACAAUGCCCUCUUUUCUACUAAACUUGAUUUUGAAAAAAUAUUUGGCUCGACGACUCCUAUCCCAGAUACACCAGAAGUUACACAACAAAAACAAAAAGCUGAAACAACUAUAAUAGAUAUGGAGGUCGAAGAUGGAACAAAUGCUAGUAGCUCACAACACAACACAAACAAAAUAGAAGUUCCGCCACAAUCAGAUACAACUGAAGGUGACCAAAGUUUUGAAGAGUUAAUUCCCAUAAAGGAGCUGCUGUUUGUAAGAUACAGCGAAGGAGAGCGAGGAACCUUUUGUCACUUUGAAGAAAUGACUACAGAUAUCCGAAAAUUGCCUCGAGAGUGGAAGCGUUUUCUCACCUACCAUCGACUUGUCUGGAAUAUCUUCCUCAUAAACAAUGAAGCCAGGGAUUUGGAUGGAUGGCAGGUUCAGCUUAUUACUUGGAUAUUUGUAUGCUGGGAAUUUGAGGAAAAUAUGAAUAUUCUUAUGGAGAAUUGGGACAGACUUCGUGUUCUUAAAGGAAAAGAACCUUCAUUACGAAUGGUUGUGGAUCAUUUUAUAAGUAAUGAGAGGUGGAUUAUUGCUGACCAUAAAAGUGAAAAGGAAAGAGAUGGAGCUAAAGUUUUAGAGAAUUCUGUAAACAAAGAUACAGCACCACAACAUUUGGAAGAAGACAAGAAACAGAAGGGAGUUUCCAUCAAUGAAGACAAUCCUAAAAGAAGCAACUUGGAGCCAUCAGAACCGGAAGUUCCUAAAGAUCAAGUGAUUGCACCGAUGGAAUCCCAGGGAUAUGUCUCUAAUGAUACAAAUUAUUGUGAAACUAGCACUAGCAUACAAGAAAAGAAAUUGAAGGAAGCUAUGACUGAAGAAGAUGUCAGUUCGGAGAAAACAUUAAAACAUGAACUAGAUGCCCUCAAAGAAGAAAUGAAAGAAAUGAAAAACCAAUUAGAUAGAAUUGAGAAGCUGCAAGCAGAACAGGCAGGUUCCCUAAAGGUAGAAAUGUUUGAUAGAAUUGGGAAGCUGCAAGUAGAACUUGAAAAGCAGGUAGAUUCCAUAGUCAAGCAACGACAGGUUCGGUGGAGUGAGAAGAGCGCUGAGGAAAAGAAAUUGAAGUUAGAAAAUUGGGGGAGAUUGAAAUUCGCAUUACAGAGGUAUGAUGUGUCAAUGAAAGGGAUACAAGUAUUUCAAAGGUUUAGGUUUUAUUGUGUGGCUGGGUAUCUACCAUGGCCAGUGCCUGAGAGAAAAAUUGUAGAUAUACAAGAUGGAAGUAGCAAGCAUGGGACUUUAGCUUGAGUUUAUGGUUUAAAGAUCACUGGGAUCUAGGGAAGUGCCUGCAAUUCUAGGCUACUUCUAGAUUGAGGGUAGAUAUGAUAGUUGAGACAUUUGAUUUAAAGAGAAUUAAGUUGCACACUUGUGAAAGCAGUUGUAGCCUUUUGCACAUGAUUUUAUGGCAUGUUCAUAUAGUCUUUUUUACA